GCGGCGCAUGGCGGCCUGAGGGGAACCGGGCGGGAGCGGGAGCUGCCCUAGCAAGGAAAAACCCCGAGUUUCCCUCUGACAGUAUGGAAUGCUAGCUUGGAGCUCAUCUGACACACCUGAGGAGGAACCUGUGACAUUCCAGCUUUAGAUGUCUCAAUGGAUAUGUGGAGCUACUUCCAUACUUGCCUGGUGUCCAUAUGGCUGCACAGAUUUUACAUCUAUUCUGCUAUUGCUUUUGGGAUCAGCCUUUGGAUUGUCAUUCAUUUCACCACCACCAGAACCAAAAGGAAGGGUGAGAAAUCCCAUGAGAAUCCCUCUUCCCCCGAGGGAACAUCAGACAAAAUGGGAAAUGGAUGUGCCCCCCGUCAGGUGCAGAGGGUCCAUGUUGCUGGAGUGAAGAUUUUCUAUGGCUCUCAGACUGGCACAGCAAAGAGAUUUGCCAAAGCUCUGGCUGAAGCUGUUACUUCCCUUAAUUUGCCUGUGGAAGUCAUUAACAUGGGAGACUAUGAUCCAGAAGAUGGGUUAGUAGAGGAGACAAGCAGCAGGAACAUCUGUGUGUUCCUGGUGGCCACCUACACCGAGGGGCAGCCUCCGGAGAGCGCAGCCUGGUUCUGCAAGUGGCUGGAAGAGGCAGCCAGUGACUUCCGUGUUGGGAAAAGCUUCCUGCAGGGCCUGAGAUAUGCCGUGUUCGGGCUGGGGAACUCGGCCUAUGUGGAUCACUACAACACAGUUGGAAGGAGGAUGGACAGGUGGCUGUGGAUGCUCAGUGCCAGCAGGAUCAUGGCUCGGGCUGAGGGGGACAGCAAUGUGGCCCAGAGCAAGCACGGCAGCAUCGAGGCUGACUUUGAGGCCUGGAAAGCCAAAUUCCUCAUUCGACUCCAGGCGCUCUGCAGAGGGGAAAAGAAGCCCUGCAGGGGGAAGUGCAAGAAGGGGAAGUGCAAAUCUUCAGGGAAGCAGAGCAAGGAAAGCUCGGACCAUGACCAUGGGACGUCAGAACAGGACAAUACUGAGGCAGAGGAAUUGUUUGAAACCAGUAGUGAGGAGGAAACUGGAAGUACAGAUUCCGUCAUUGAUGUUGAAGAUCUUGGCAAUAUCAUGGGCCGCAUGAAGAAAGCAAAGAGAGAGCAGGAGCUGCAGGAAGGAGCUGCUGGAGCUGAGAGGAGAGAGAUGAUCACCCCGGCCCUGAGGGAGGCACUCACUAAACAAGGAUAUAAACUCAUUGGGAGCCAUUCUGGGGUGAAGCUCUGCCGAUGGACAAAGUCGAUGCUGCGGGGCCGUGGGGGCUGCUACAAGCACACCUUCUAUGGCAUUGAGAGCCAUCGCUGCAUGGAGGCCACCCCCAGCCUGGCCUGUGCCAACAAGUGUGUCUUCUGCUGGAGACACCACACGAACCCUGUGGGCACCGAGUGGCGGUGGAAGAUGGACCAGCCUGAAGUGAUCCUGCAGGAGGCCCUCGAGAAGCACCAGAACAUGAUCAGGCAGUUCAAAGGCGUGUCAGGAGUGAAGGCAGCUCGGCUGGAGGAAGCUCUGGCAGUGAAGCACUGUGCCCUGUCCCUGGUGGGGGAGCCCAUCAUGUACCCACACAUCAACCACUUUGUGAGGCUCCUGCACCAGCACGGCAUCUCCACCUUCCUGGUCACCAACGCCCAGUUCCCUGAGGAGAUCAGGAGGCUGGAGCCUGUGACCCAGCUCUACGUCAGUGUGGAUGCCAGCACCAAGGAGAGCCUGAGGAGGAUUGACAGACCCCUCUUCAAGGACUUCUGGCAGAGGUUUCUAGACAGCUUAAAGGCCUUAGCUGAAAAGCAACAACGCACUGUUUAUAGGCUGACCCUGGUGAAAGCUUGGAACGUGGAUGAACUCAAAGCUUAUGCUGACCUGAUAUCCCUCGGGAAACCAGACUUCAUUGAGGUCAAGGGUGUGACCUACUGCGGAGAGAGCUCUGCCAGCAGCCUGACCAUGGCCAACGUGCCGUGGCACGGGGAGGUGGUGAGCUUCGUGCAGGAGCUGGCGCGGCUGCUCCCAGAGUACGGCAUCGCCUGCGAGCACGAGCACUCCAACUGCCUGCUGCUGGCCCACAGCAAGUUCCAGGUGGAUGGCGAGUGGAGGACCUGGAUCGACUACGGCCGUUUCCAGGAGCUGGUCAGGGAGCACGAGCGCAGCGGUGGCUCCAGGACCUUCACAGCAGCUGAGUACACAGCCAGAACUCCUCCCUGGGCCCUCUUUGGGGCCAGAGAACGGGGAUUCGACCCCUUGGAUGUGAGAUUCCAGCGGAAGAACAAGGCACGGGACACCUCGGGUUGCUGAGGGCUGGGCUCCCGCACCCUGGGCUUCCCAGGACUCCCAUUUCAGGCUGCCACCCGUUCUGGAUCCACCCACCUGGAUUAUCUUGAUGUUUGGGAAGGGGGUCCAGCCUGGAUUUUACCCUUCCCUCCUGUUUCUUGGGCUUCCUGGAUGAAAAUACUGAUAAUGUUCUUCUCUUGCGAUGAA